GUGCGGAGUGGCCUGCGCCCUGCUCUCCGGCAACCGCUCAGUGCGCGCGUGGCUGCCGUCCCACUCGCAGGCACUUCGACUCUUCGCUUCGACCGGCUCUGUCAGGCGUUACUCGCAAGGACUCCCCUGUGGCUAUACCGUGCAGGGCGUUUAUACUCACGCUCCUUGAAAUCUACCUGAUGGCGACGACUACAGCGAGAUAUGUGCUGAUGGCGACUGUUAUUUAUAGUCCAGGUCUGCGCCGAGACGCUUCCCAUCCUCACUCCGUUCCCUCUCAACUCCUCUUUGUCUCCUGAUGCGUUCUUUCCUCUCUCCUCUUCAUCCCCAUCUUUAUCGCCUUCCUCCCCGAGCCCUCCAGAGGCCACGUACAAGUUCACCAAAUAUUACCUGUCGAUUAUCCCCAUUCGCCAGAAUCAAUCUUCCUCUCCCUCUGCUUCUUCUUCUUCCUUGCCUUUCGCCAUGUCCUCCUCUUCGAUUUCCCCUUUAUCUUCCUCUCCCUCCGUCUUUUCCCCUUCGUCUUCGCUCCUCCCUCGCCCUCCUCUGGCCGACCUGCCCCCAACCUCUCCCUCGCCCUCCGCCUCCCCUCGCCCAGCAUCAGCCACAGACUCAGCGCAAGAGGGAGGCCGCGAGGACCAGGACGAUACCGAGGAUACGGAGGACGCGGGGGAAGAAGGACCUGACACCGAGCACGAGACUUUCCCUCACUUCGGAGCCACCAAUGCCUCUACCAGCAGCGUGUUUCGGGGUGCCACUGCCACGCUGGACUGCACCGUUCACGAUAUCGCUAAUGAGUCGGUGUCGUGGAUGAGGCGAAAGGACGAGCUGCUCGAACUCCUAACCUGGGACAGCCACACCUACGUUAAUGACGACAGGUAUUCCCUAGUGCAGGAGGCAGGCGAGAGAUGGCGCAGGUGGAGGCUGGUGGUGCGCGACGCCCAAGCGGACGACCAGGGCCAGUACCGGUGCCAGGUGGCCACGCAGCCGCCCCUGGUCCUCACCGUCACUCUCAACGUCACAGAGCCCCGCGCCCGCGUGGUGGACGAGCGCGGGACGAAGGUGCUGGAGAAGCACUACAACAGCGGCAGCAUGAUCGAGCUCAAGUGCGUGAUCGAGAGGGUGCCCUUCCCCCCCGCCGCCGUCACCUGGCGGAGGGACGCCACGCUGCUCUCCUUCAACACCUCCAGAGGCGGCAUCAGCGUGAAAGGCGACCCAACCGCAGGCUUCAUAAGGAGUCAGCUGUACGUACGGGAGGCUUCACCGUCAGAUUCCGGGGUUUACUCGUGCUGGUACGGGAACUACACAAGAGAUACUGUCACCGUGCACGUCUUGGCAGGCGAGAACUCGGCGGCCAUGCAGCACGACGCGUUGCCGGGCGGUGGUGCCUCGGAGAACGCCCGGGGACAGAGCAGCGGGGGCGCCGCCCUCCCUGCCUCCUGUUCGUCACAAUUGCUUCUGGCGCUGCUGACGUCCUACUUCAGCAUCUCCUCCUACUCCUUUCAGAAGCGGAGAGCCUUCUUCCUCGUGGGACUUCCUCUGCUUGAGAAGAUUAGUCGGUUCAUUGUGUCGUGUGAUCUGUGUCAGCUUCUCGUUACGCUUCUAGUCCAGUGUUAUUUUUUUUUUUUUAUGUCUGUUCGGAGAAUUUCCCAAAUGCCAAUCACGAAACGCAGAAAAAGUGUCGGAAAAUGGCACACGUGAUGGCCCCGAAACCCCACACCGGCUCAUAAGCGAAUCCAAUUAAUUUGCAGACUGUAAUUACGCAUAAUCUGUCUUUACCCUCGUUCUGCUAAUCAAGUAAGAGGAUUAAUCCGACGACUAAAUUAUGCAAAUACAAUGCUCGCGCGGGAGAAUGUGCUACCUGCGGCGCCGCUGUUUGGUGGUUCCAGGCCUGCCUUGGCCCUGGCGCACAGGGGGCUCGACCAUGUUCUCUGAUCUCUUACUGGACGUUCUCUCUCCCCCGCUAUCUCCUUUUCUGCUCUCUCUAUAUAUAUCUAUCUAUUUAUCUAUAU